UUUUAUAAGUCAGCUCUGGGAAAAAGGAAGUUGAGUUUGUUUGUGUGACGGGGGAAGGCCUUUGUUUACUUGUGAGAAAUCUUUAAAGUGUGGGGAGAUGUCCAGCACAUCUGUACGCCUUUCUUCCUCUCUGUCAAAAGGGGAGGAAGAAGCUGUAGCCAAAAGAAGAGAAAUUGUCAAUGCCGAUCUAAAAACACUAUUGGGGAAAGAGCUGCCAAUGCAGCAGACCCCUGUUAUUGCCAUCCUGGGCUCUGGUGGGGGUCUCCGUGCCAUGAUUGCUUUGCUUGGCUCACUGUGUGGAUUAAAGGAAACUGGAUUGUUGGACUCGGCCAUGUAUCUCUGUGGGGUCUCUGGGUCCACCUGGGCUAUGUCUUCAGUUUGUGAAAACCCAUCAUGGGUAAAGGAGUUAGAUCUCUUGGUCACCAAAAUACUGGCCAGUCUUGGAAGCUCAGGCUUUGGGUUCUCUAAAGUGAUGGAAAAGCUGGGGAACAGCAGGCCUUUGCUGGACCGACUGCUGGAGGCGUCCAAGACGGAUGUUUUCUCCUGCACCAAUAUCUGGGGAACUCUGAUUGUGAGCCAGAUGAUUAAGAAGCUGUACACCUGCACUCUGCCUGAGCACAAUGAUCCACUUAUUAGUGGAAAGCUCCCUUACCCUAUUUAUGCAGCCAUUGAUAAAGACCUCCUUAAUACUGAGAAGCCAGAACUGUCUCCACCAGAAAUGUGGUUUGAGUUCACACCGUAUGAAGCAGGAUUUCCUGCAUAUGGGGCUUUUAUUAGCACCAAGAACUUUGGAAGUCAGUUUGAGAAGGGAGAACUAAAACAUCCCCACCCACAGCAUGACUUGUGCUAUUUACAAGGCCUAUGGGGGAGUGCUCUGGCAGUAAAGGAGAUUUUGGAGAAAUACGUAAUGGAUUCUCUGAGGGAUGAAUUGGGUUUCAUUUUCAUUGCUGGAAAAACAAAAGAAAUUUUGGGUCUUGUGUGCAAAAUGUUAAAUGUACUUGAAAGCUGGCAGUGGGGCACCAACUACAACUUUCUGUAUGGUUGUGAUUCUCUCCUGUCGGGAGAACAACCGCCGAGUGUGUCCUCUCUAGUGAAUAACAAGUUCUUCUACCUGGUGGAUGCCGGACUGGCUAUAAACAGUGCUUACCCUCUUGUGCUCCGGCCGCAGCGCCAGGUGGAUGUGAUAAUUUCCUGUGACUACAGUGCUGGAGAUGACCCAUUCCUGACUGUAAAGCAGGCUGCAGGCUAUGCAAAGGCAAAUUCCAUCCCUUUCCCUGAGAUCCAUGUUCCUGCUGGUGAGGUGGGGGACUGCUAUGUAUAUAGUGGAGCUGGGGCUCCUACAGUCAUCCACAUGCCUCUGUUCAACAGUACCAAUGACAAAAUAUGUGGCUUAUCAGACUACCCGACACUGAAGUUUUCAUACACUGAGAAGGAAGUUAACCGUUUAUUUGAGGUGUCCAAGGAUAACAUUGUGCGAAAUAAAAACAAAUUACUUGAGGCAAUAGGAAACAAGGUGGAUCAGAAGGCUUCCUAAAUGUCUGCUUGCAAGCUGCUGGUUUACUUGUGUGUAUACUUGGGACACGUCCUUUGAUGGAUCCUUAACUGUAUUGGAGCUUGUUCUUCAACUCUGUGGGUCCCACUUGUAAGUCACUUUGUGAAUGUGAAACUAAAAUUAAAACUAUAAUGCCAUGUGAAA